UCCCCGCCGCCGGCCGCCCCCCUCCCACCCCGCGCCGCCCAUGUCCCCCCUGGGCCCCCGCACCCGCUGGGUGAGCGACUUCUUCUCGUACGAGACCACCAAGUCGGUGGUGGUGAAGAGCUGGGUGGUGGGCGCCGUCAACCGCGGCGUCCAGCUCCUCAUCCUCGCCUACUUCGUCGGCUGGGUGUUCCUGCACGAGAAAGCGUACCAGGUGCGGGACACCGCCAUCGAGUCCUCCGUGGUCACCAAGGUGAAGGGCGUGGGGCGCUACGCGGGGCAGGUGCUGGACACGGCCGACUACGUCACCCCCCCUCAGGGCACCUCGGUGUUCGUGGUGGUCACCAAGCAGAUCCGGACCGAGGACCAGGCGCAGGGCGUGUGCCCGGAGAGCGAAGCCGCGUUCCGCUGCUCGGCCGACCGGGACUGCCGCGGGCUGAGCCCGGCCACGAGCAACGGGAUGCUGACGGGGCGCUGUGUCCCCUACAACGCGACCCUGAGCACCUGCGAGAUCCAGGGCUGGUGCCCGCCCGAGGUGGACACCGUUGACGUCCCCAUCAUGCUGGAGGCCGAGAACUUCACCCUCCUCAUCAAGAACAGCAUCCGCUUCCCGCUCUUCGGCUUUGAGAAGACCAACCUGCCACCCCCUGGCAGUGGGGUGGAGCUGGGCCGGUGCCGCUUCCACCCGCAGCUGCAGCCCCUGUGCCCCAUCCUGCGCCUGGGGGACGUGGCACGCCUGGCCGGGCAGGACUUCCCUGCGCUGGCCGCCACCGGGGGAGUACUGGGGAUCAAGAUCGGGUGGGUGUGUGACCUGGACCGGGCCUGGGAGCGCUGCCUGCCCCACUACUCCUUCACCCGCCUGGACAGCCUGGCCCGGACUCCUGCCCCCGGCUACAACUUCAGGCACGCCAGGUACUACCGCUGGCCCGACGGCUCCGAGCGCCGCACCCUCACCAAGGCCUUCGGCAUCCGCUUCGAUGUCCUGGUGUACGGCAGCGCCGGGAAGUUCGGCGUCGUCCCCACCCUCAUCAACACAGUGGCGGCUUUCACCUCCAUCGGUGUGGGCACGGUGCUGUGCGACAUCAUCCUGCUCAACUUCCUGAAGGGCGCCGAGCACUACAAGGCCCGAAAGUUCGAGGAGGUGCCAGAGGCCGGUGCGCCCACGACCCCCGCCACCCCCACGACGUGUCCCCCAGGGGCACUGGGGGGCUGCAGUCGGGACAAGCAGUCCACUGACUCAGGCACCUUCUCCCUCGGCCUCUAGCCCUGGUGCCACCUACCCCACUGAGGGGAAGCCCACGGCUGGGUGAGCGGCUUGCCGGGACCCCCGUCGGGCUCCUACUACCCACCCAGUCUCCACACUGAGCCCCAUCCCACUGUCCCCAGUGCCCACCCCGCAUGCCCAUUUCCAAUCCCAGUGUCCCCAGUACCCUGUCCCUUGCCCCCAUGGUGCCCCCACGCGCCCUCCUCUGGCACCUCCCUGCUCCCCGCCGGCCCCAUGCCGGGGGGCUGCAGCCCCCUACAAUAAACCCGUGGCUCACAGCACC